UAGCUUCCUUGCUGCACCUGCACAUUUGCGUCCGACGAAAUGUAACCGCAUUAAUGCUUAUGAAAAGAAGGCGAGCGCUACAUCUGUUGGUAUAAGCGUCGACGCAGGCAACACCCAGCGACCGGAUGGGUAUAUACUUCGGCAAGGGACGGACACCGAUCUGGAGGCCAUAUGGAAAUUUGUGCUGUCCGAGAAGAUCAACCCGCUAGGUCUUGACCCCCGCCGCUUCACCGUCGCCAUUGCACCCAGCCAACCGCCAAUCACCACCCCCGGCACCCCCUUCCGUACGGCGGCUGACGAGGAGGUGGCGGGUGUCGUACAGACGGUGCCGCUGAGCGGUUCCCCGGGGGGUGGGCUGCUGCUGCCUUCACCGCCGCCGGCGGGAGGGGAUCCGGGCGCGAGUAUCCAGGAGCCUCCCCUGCUGGUGGAGCUGCGGACACUGGUGGUGGCACCUGGACACCGCCGCCGCGGCCUGGGCUCCCUGCUGGUCACGCAGCGGCUGUGUGCGCUGCCCCCCGGCAGCACCGUCUGGCUCACCACGCUGGGCUCCAGGGAGCGCUUCUACGCCCGCCUGGGCUUCAGCAGGAGGACGCUGGGGGAGGCGCCCAGGUCCCUGCUCCCCGAGGUGGCUGCCGGGCUGCUGGCGGCUCGCCUGCUGGCCGGGCAGCAGCUGAUCGUCAUGAGCGCCACCACCGCCACCGCAGCGGACCAGGCGGGGGGCAGCAGCAGCAGCUGCAGCAGCAGCGGCUGAUGAUGGUGGUGUUGCCAGAAGCAAGGGGGAGGGCAGCGGCAGCAGGCGGCAUCAGGGGAGGCGGCAUGGAGUGCAGUUGCAAGUCUUUGCAACUUUAGACAUUAUGCUCACAUGUGCGACUGUCUGGUUUCGGAGACUUCGCAACCAUAAGCUUAUGUACUCGGCGCCAGUCCAACAGUCCAAAGUAUUUAAAAGAGUAUUUAAACAUUGUGUAUGUUUCAAUACAGUGGCCAGUUCAGCAGCAGCGGUACCGCUACACCGGGGUAGGCGUUGAAGCCGGAGGGGCUCCAUGAAGGUGCUGUGAGCUGUAAUGCGGGGUGAGCCGUGUGAGCAGUCUUGGGCGGAGCAUAAGGCGAGGCGAAGAGUGGUGAGCACUUCAUGCAACGGAGGGAGGAACGGGCGAAGAUAGAUCUUUUGACCCGUCGGUCAAAAGGGAAAGAGGCUGGUCAUGGCUGUUGCCAGCGAAUUGCCAGCGCGGCAUUUGGCUGCCUUUGGCCCAAC